AAAAUGUCGGCAACAAAUCCAACGACUCCAAUACGCGCAAUACCGUCGUCACUCGCACCACGAACCGCGCCCACACUUCCGCCAUCCUCGGAAACAUACGAACCGCAUGUGCGAUCCGUCCUUCAGCAACGUCUCCUCCAUCGCAUAUUUCUGCCUUCAGCUGGUCUUACUUGGUUCGUGUCUUGGCUGUCUAUCAUCCAACUACUGGAUGGAGGGAAUGGUGUGGGUGUAUGGGGUGCUUUCAAGGUGCUAUUUAGGCCGAGCACAAUAGUUAUCACAGCUGUGACUUGGUUAAUGGGUGUAGUCCCUGUGGUAGUGUUGAGGAAACGAGUGAUGAGCGCACAACCAACGGUCUCUUCAUCGCCUUACCAGACACUUAAGGCUGCUCUUUCAAAACCAACGACAAGUCGUGCGCUUUUAACCUAUCUAGCCUCGGCCGCCCUCCAAACAGUACUGCACAUAAUCCUCUGUUAUGCUAUCCCGCUCUCCACAUAUGGCGCCGACGACCCGUAUCUACGCCUUUUUGUCAAAUCGAGGAAGCACUCAUACUACCUCAACGGUCGCUUCAUCUUCCUUUUUUUCAGCCAGCUCUAUUUCGCUGCCGCGUAUCUCCUCCGAAAUAUCAUGUUGGACCGUUUUGUCGCUCACUGGACCCCUCGAAAUUCUCCCGCGAAAGGCGCACCGACUCUCUCGACCCGGCUCUUCGUGACUCUUCUUCCUACCCUUCUUUUCACCACACUGUCCUACGCCGUCUACCUAACAGGCUUUGUUGCUUUGCGUUCCAUCGUCUUCCCGAUCGUCUACCGUGUCCCAUUGGUGAACAGCAUUCUGAAGCCAUUUACUGCGCAUUGGGCGAGAGGCGAAUGGAUUGGGACGUUGGCGUUGAGAGAGCUCGGAAGUCUAUUCGGAGGAGGAUAUGGGAUUGUCCGAAUGGCCUGGUUGUGGGCAGUGGGGAUGAUUGGGUGUUGGGAGUUUGUGGAUAAUCUGAUGGAUGAGUGUGUCCAAGAGAUAAUAAUUGCCCCGGUCGCCCCCGCCACUCUGAUAUCAACUCUCCCGGCCACAACCACAAUCCCGACCACACCACCGCUCGCAGCUUACUACAGCCUUCACGCAAUGACACAGCUCUCCGCCCUUGCGUCGGAAGACUCGCCCAGCGCGAGUGCUGUUCGCGCGAAGGACAUAUUCAAAUUCACGGGUGUAGGGGCGGGCUUGGGAAGGAGAGGUGGUGAAGAGGUGGAUGUGUGGGGUGUGCUUUGCAGGGAGAGCUUGAGGGUGCUUGGUGAAGAUUAUCAAAGGUUGAAGAGGAGGGGAGCUCCACCUCCGGCCCCAGCACCUCCCGCCGAACCAGCAAAACCAACCUCAACCGCCCCACCCCCGCCUUCCACGCCCCUCAUCCGUCGUCCCAUCUUCAAAUCAUCAGUGUCCCCCUCCCCGAACCCCGUCGCCUCUUCCUCCCAGUCGCCACUCAAAUCCGUAGUCGACAGCUUCGCAGCGGAUGGCACGAUCACCCAGGCCUUCGAAUCGGGCGUUCAGACCAUACACUUACCAGAGCUGUUCAGGGCUUCUGUGAACACGCUUACGGCGCCUGUGAAGGAUGCGGUGAUGAAGAUCGAUCCUAUACCUGCUCCUCCGCCAAUAGAGUCGGAUGGUUCGCUAGGCCAGGAGCUCGCAAAAUGGGGACACGGAUUGGCAGCGGGACUUCGGGAUGGGAUGGGGGCGGGAGCGGGGAAUAUGCCGGUGACGAUGCCGAGGGGAGUGAAGGAGGCGAGGGACAGGGUCGCGGAUUGGUGGUCUGGGGAUAGGGUGGAUAAGGUUGCGGAGGUGGUAUUGUCGAACGAGAGGAGAGAGCUGGAUGCGUUGAUUGCGGAUGUCCUCUCCCACCUCGUCUGUAAAUCCCUCACCGAAGAUUCAUACGGAGUAGUCCAACGCGAUAUCCCACGCAUACUCGAGGCGUUCCUCACUUUCCUUUCCGCAGUCGAAGAUUAUCAGGUCGAGUUGCGUGGAUUGAUGCCUCCACCUUCGUCCGAGGACACGAAUGUGUUGGAGAGGGAGCGGUCGGAGAGAAAAAGAGAGCAGGUGGAGAGAGCGAGCAUUGCGAUGGGGGUCGUCGGGGAUGCGUUGAAAGAGGGCGUUAUUCGUAUUGUUCGAACCUUUGGUGGCAAGCUUAGCGCUUUCAAGUUCCCGAUGGGCACGGCGAGGAAGUUGCAGGGUUUCGUCGAUUAUUGUGCAUAGCUCAUUCUCUGAAUGUUGGCGCGGGGCGAGUUGUACGCGGCCUCACUGGUGACCCUCGAUUCGUCGUGAAUGGCUCUCGUGAGAUUAACCGGGGCCAUGUGUGUAACUUAUGUAUCCAACGAAUAUCUGGGCGAUAGUCUGUUUGCUGCAUGGAC